AUGUCCCUUUGGGUACUCGACGUGCUCGCGCUACUUCCCCAAAAAUGGCAAAACUGGAUUCUACCCCCAUUCAGCAUCCCGACUGUUCAAAAUGACCCAUCAAAGGUCCAGCUAAGCCGCAUCGCGCACGUCUACUUUGAUCACCAUGAUCUAGAAGCAUUCGCCAGGUUUGCCAAAGAUUUCGGGUUCAUCGAGGCAGAGCGCAAGGGCAAGACAAUCUACUAUCGUGGUUAUGGCAAAGACCCUUACAUUUACGUCGCCUCGCAGAGCUCUACAUCGAAGUCGCAGUUCAAGGGCGCUGCCUUCGUGGUAAAGGACGAAGAAAAUUUCAACAAGGCCGCGAAUCUACCAGGCGCUAUCCGCAAGACGCUGGAUGAUGCCCCUGGAGGCGGCGAGAUGAUCACCUUUGCUCGUCCCAACGGAACUUUUCUGCAUGUGGUACACGGUCAGGCUGAGCUCAAGAUAGACGGCACGAAAGAGGCACCAACAGCAACACAUGAAUCUCAUGGACCCUUCAAUUACCCCUUUGAAAAGCUUCGUAGAGGCCAGUUUCAGCGAUACCACGACGGCCCUGCCUUAGUCCACAAGCUUGGGCACUACGGCUACGUAUGCAAGGAGUUUGAGACCGAAUUGGAAUUCUACACAGGCAGCUUCAAUUUCGUUCAUUCCGAUAUCCUAUAUCUGCCUCAGUUCCCGGAUAGGGACGUCAUGACGUUCAUGCAUCUGGAUCUUGGUGCAGAAUAUACCGACCAUCAUACGUUGUUCUUGCAGCGUGCUCCGCCAACGGCUCGUGAGACAUAUGUUCAUCAUACUUCUUAUGAGGUGGCCGAUUUUGAUACACAGUUAAUGGGCCACCAUUACCUUGCUAAGAAGGGGUGGACGAGCGUAUGGGGUGUUGGGCGGCAUAUUUUAGGAAGUCAAAUCUUUGAUUAUUGGUAUGACAGUUCCAGGUUCAAAAUUGAACAUUAUGCAGAUGGGGAUGUGGUGAAUCAAGAUAAUCCAACAAGAAAAGAAGCUGUUGGGCCGUUAUCUGUUUGGGGUCCAGAGCUGCCCAAGGAUUUUGGAGAUAACAAAGCAACAUAA